CUAACAUUCAGAGAAACGGUCAAGCGAGGAGUAAAAGGUUGAGAAAUUACACACCGAGUGAAAAGGAUUCACACACGUAACAUAACGCUUGGAGGUCUCAAACCGUUAAAGGUAAAGUGAUCAAGAUGACCUCGGAGGACGCGGAACUCCGAAAUAUAGAAUUACAUUUCCCGCUCAUGCGGAACAUGUCCAGGAGUGAUUCCGAAUGCAGGCAGGAAGACAGAAUUAUGACAGACACGGGAACAAUGGUAGUAGCCGUCCAUGGCGACAGGAAUAAACCGGCCAUAUUCACAUACCAUGACAUAGGCCUCAAUCAUGUAACCAAUUUCCUCGCUUUCUUCAAUCAUCCAGACACGAGAGUGUUGAUGCAAAGUUUUUGUGUAUAUCAUAUAAACGCUCCAGGUCAAGAAGAAGACUCAACAACAUUACCGACAGCGUUCACCUUCCCUACAAUGGACAUGCUAGCAGAAAUGAUUCUUGCCGUAAUGGAGCACUAUGGGAUUAAGCAUUUCAUCGGAAUGGGCGUUGGAGCCGGAGCAAAUAUUCUUAGCCGUUUCGCAUUGCAACAUCCACACUGUGUAGAUGGACUUUUUCUCAUCAACUGCACGUCAACAGCCGCAGGUUGGACAGAGUGGGGUUACCAGAAAUUAAACACGAUGCAUCUCAGGAGUUCAGGGAUGACUUCAUCUACGCAAGAAUAUUUGAUGUGGCAUCACUUCGGAAAGACAGUAGAAAAUCGGAGUUAUGAUUUAAUGCAAGAAUUCAGGCAAUAUUUCAGCAAAUUCAAUCCUUACAAUCUCGCCCUUUUUAUCGAUUCCUUCAUACGACGUACUGACCUACAAAUUGUCAGAGAAACUGAUCCAUCGAAGAAGACGAGUGUAAGGAAUUUCAGGUGUCACGUCCUUUUGAUGUCUGGUGCCUUCUCGCCUCAUUUAGAAGAUACAGUAAUAAUGAACAGUCGGCUUGACCCUACGAAUUCCACGUGGAUGAAACUGUCUGACUGCGGUAUGCCGCUAGAAGAGAGACCACAUAAAGUCUGCGAAGCUCUUUACCUUUUUCUACAAGGAUUAGGACACGCUGUAAAUCAGUAUCGAAGAAGAUCUUCCGCAGCCUCUACGAGCAACGAAGCAUUCAAAGUACUUCAAGAAUACCAGAAUUCGCUAUCAAAAUCCUUGGAUGAGCAGUCGAACCAGCUACCAUCCACAGCAGUUACGACGACAACCUACAAUCCUCGGCAAGAAGUUCAUAUCGUUGAGAAUCCCAUCAACCAGCACACAUGCCCGUGAAAUGGAGACAACGAUCUUUCUUUUUUUCUUUUUGUUUCAUAUUUUUUUAUUUUCAUUUUCGCGCCCUAGGAACUUAGAUUAUCGAGAACGCUAGAUGAUGGUUGAUACACAAAUAUAUACAUGAUGCAUACAUAUAUUGUAACGACGAAAAAUAUUAGCUGUAAAAAUUAUUACGAAUAUCGAGUGCCUAGAGAGAAGGAUUGAUAUCCAACCGUUUUGGGUUGCUAGCUGUAUCUUCGAAAGUAGGAUCAAGAGCUGAUGCAGUCCUUCUUCAGAUGUGUUGCAAAGCCAGAACUUUUGCAAUGAAUCUAAUAUCUAUUUUGCUACGCUUGAGCGCAUAAUAAGUGUUAAAAGGAAUGUUAAUUUCAACCUCUUGAGGUAUGUAGUACUUUUCAAUUAUUAGUGAUUUUUCUGUAUAGAUUCAUUUGAGUAGUACCUGCAGAUAGGAAUGCAGUGAAGUAUAUUAGACGAGUGGUGAAACUGUUUUGUCAUUUUAUGCGCUUCAGCCUGAAAUUGAAGCCGAAUUUGCUCAAUUCUAUUAAGCAGCUAGUAAUAGUAUAUUUUCUGCUUUAAACCGAUGCUAACGAAGCCACUCAAAGUAAGCGUAAUUUUAUAAUCCAACUACAAUAAAACUUAUCAUUUUCGAAACAUGAAACGUUCUUCAGAGAAGGAGAGAGAUGUUCCAAUUCUGAUGUACUGUAACAUAAAAUAAUUUAUUGUUGCUAAACUGAUCCUUCGAAUGUACGGGUUGGAAAGGAAGUUAGCUUCAAAAAAUAGGCAAGCCAGUUUGAAAUUCAAAAUUAACUCUAAUUUCAACAAUCAAGUAAAACAAAUGCAACACAGCUUCCAUUCGUUCAAUACAGAAAAAUAUCCUGCCCCAUUUUAACGGAUAUAUUUUAAAAAUAUGCCCACAAUAGCAAAGUAAGGAAUAAUAUUGUUCCAUUAAAUAGAAGAAACGGGAAGCAAAGGUUUAAAAAAAAUCACCCAACAUUGUAAUCAUCGUAAAGUAAAUACAAAAUAAUUUUGGAAUAACAGUGGGUCUUAGUUAACGUAAGCAAAUUUUUAAUUAUUUGAUAAAACUGAGCAUCAAUCAUAUACAAACCUUGCUCCAAUCAGUAACACAGUACUCUCUAACUGCCAUCACAGAAUUACUUUUAAUAUAGUUUUAAAAAUACCUUUGAUUUCGAUAUACUAUAGAAUAAGAGAAGCAUUCUUGAUCAAAAGUUCUAUCUUGAAAUUUGGUAAAAUAUCGCUGCCAUUUGUUGCAUCUUUUACGUUAUUUCCAGCAACCCAUCUUUGUCUCUGUUUCCUUUUAAAAUUUGUUAAUCGUUUUUAAACGUGGAAUGCUUUUGCCUUUAUUUCUACACCCUAAAUAAAAAUUCCAUUCAGACGCUUCCAAAUUAUUUUAAGGCAAGUUUUCUCAAAUGUAGAAUUUUACGGUUUUAGGUAAAGUAGUUUACUCAGCUGUAUAAGUAUUAUUAAAUUACAACAAAAGGGAUCAUGGCAAAAAAACAGCUAAAUCGUAUGAACAAAUGCUUGUUAAAGGUAACUGUAACUGAAAUUAACCAUGUUUCCAAAGCUGAAAAAUGCUCACUUCGGAUAUUUGAAGGUGCAAUAUGAUAUAAGCAUAGCGAAGUUAAAAGAAAAGGGUCCUUGCGAAUUAUUAAACAUUACUAAUCUAUAUAUGAAUAAAAUGCAUGAUAUAUCUAUAUAUACAUUAAAUAAAAUAAACUUUAAAUUUAUAUGUGCCUUUGUUCCACAGUAAAAUAUAACAUUUUCAGUCUUACAUGUUAAAAAAAAUGGAGCUUUCUAAAUACUUUAUUUCUUACAAUUCCAUACUGAGCAGUGAAGUAAAGUUUCAGUCCAAAAAAGCUAUUAGUCUCGAAACAUGAUUUGGCGUUUCAUCCGACAUUUUCAUUCGGACUUUUCACUUUUUUGUAAUGAGAUUUCGUGCUCAACCGUGAAGAAGGAAGGUUGUAGCUUUGUGAACUCCGGUUUUGUGCAAAGCUAGUGCGCCAGCGCCGGAAGGCGAAUCUAUACCGCCAGAUGGGCGUGGCUGGAAUGAGUGUGUCUUGAUCUCCUUGAGAAUGAUGAUAACGAUGUGGACUGCAUUAAUUCCGUGGACAAUUCUACUGUUGAUAAUUUUACUGAAGACGAUAAUUUGGAAUCUGAACACAAAUCGAUUACAAGAGAACUUCAAUACCUGAAUUAAGUAUUAUCAAAUGUAUAUUUACGUAAAAUGUGGUGCUGAUCGAAUUUGUUCCCCAGAUGAUUACUCCGAUUGUGUUAGACAAAUGAUAACAUGUUAAUUAAAAUGGAUUGCUUGACUCAAAAAAGGACGGAUAUGAACAAAAAUUAUUUAAAAUUAUUGUUACCAAGGGAAAGGGACAAAGAAAAUGCUACGGUAAUAUGUUUUGCAAUCUUGAUAAACUUAUUAAAUUAUAAGGAAAAUUACUGCAGAUCAAAAAAGUGCAUAACUUUCUUUCCAACCCCACAUACUCAUUUCAACUUAUCAUUAAGAGAAUUAUUAUGUGUAUCAGGUGUGCGUGUAUAUUUUGAUAUCUUAUUUACUAAAAUAAUGUUUGAAAUAUUAUUGAUUUGUGAGAUUCAUAUCAUGCGCAGGAUUAUACGCUUUCAAUCUUGCAUAUUUUUAUAACUUUGUUAUCAUUUAAAAAAAUAUAUUUUAACAUCUGAUUUUUAAAAUGAUUCUAGUAAUACAUAAAAAUUGUGAUAUCAUAUUUAAUUCUCUGCUAAUGUUCCAAAACCACAAUCAUUUUUGAAAACUCAGUUAAUUCUGAUUAAUGUAUCCACAAGUUAAUCGGGACUAAUGUUACACAAUAAAUUCUUAGCAAAUAAAAAUUAGAGGGAAGAUGAAUCCUAUAUUUUCUCGAAUUCGAGUCCUUUAAGGUUCUCAAAUCAUUCAUUCAAAGGUUAUAAGAGAAAGAAAAAUGCCUUUUACUAAGUAUUAGAAUUCUUUAAUUAAAAAGAAAUUUCUAAAGCAAUUCUGGAAAAUAAAUAACAUGUUAAGAAUAUAUUGAGGAUACAUAGUAUGAAGUUUGGUAAAUGAAGAUUAAAAUUCUUUAAUUUUGAGUUUUAUUUUCUUUCUAUAAUUUGACAAAAAAUAUUGAGUGAUAGUUCAAAUAUUUUAUAUUUUUAAAAAAAUUUAUUAUUUUUUAAAUCAAAUGUUAAGGAGAGAAAUAUGAUUUCUAGAGUUAACGCAGGUAAACAUUAUAUACGAAACGUUUAAAUUUCCUAGAAAAAUAAAUGUAUAAUAUUCAGAAUUUUUACGAAAUAAUACUUUAAUUGAGAUCCACUAAAACUGCAACAAAGGAGGAGUGUUUUUUUAUGAAUUUUUUACUGCAUUUCAAUAAAACUAACUUUUUCCACAGUUUCGAGUUAAAAUGUUUAACGGUUUUAAAUUAAAAUUCAGAAGAUUUGAAUGAUGGAAAAGCGUUUAAGAUUCGAGUUUUGUUAUUUUAAAUCCUUUUCAAGAUUCGUGAAAUUCGAGAGGAUUCAAAUGUCUAGGAUUUACUUUGCUCAUUGUAUGACAACAAUAUGCUGUUUAAUUAAAAUAUUUAAUUUCUCAUUUGGGACUAUAUGAUUGGCGACUUUUAACGAAACAUUAUUUUGCCAACAGUCAAUAGAAGACGGUAACUUAUCUUCACAUGGCAAUUUCUAUAGGUGAAUCGACAAUAAAUGCGAAUGGUGAACAUUUACUCCCGACUGAAAAUUAACCCAAAUUAUACAAAAUGGGGAAAGGAAGGAAAGCAACUCAGUUUGAAAAUUCAAUCAUAAGACCAGACGAUUCUGCUCGAGGUACGUAAUACAUGGCACAAAGAGCAUCUUUAAUUAAUUAUAAAAUACUGCAAAUAUUCAUAAAAGUUAUUAGCUUGAUAUAUUUUUAACUAAAUAUAUUAUAAUUAAUACAAGUUUGGUGUAUUAUUCAAUUACGAAGUAAAGAUUUAAAUUUUUUGGAAGUGCAUCAUUGCUUUCAAGUAGUUCAAUUUGUUAAACAGAGACUGAUUAAAAUUUGAAAUGAAAUAAAUAUCUUAUGCAUUGUUGAAUAGCACAUAUUUAACAAUAAUGCAAGAAAUUAUGCACAUUCAACAAUGCAUAAUUUCUUGCAGCAUUCUGAGAAUUAUUCAUAAUUACUUUCAAGGAUGCAGGGAAGGUAAAGAACAGCAAUGGAACACUCGCGAAAUCACGCGGAUGGUAAUGCGAAGCUAACGUAAAGGUCCAAAAACUUCAGAAAGACACCUUCAAGGAACAUUUAUAACUUUUAAAUGCUUUUCGAAUUUUCUUUUCCACAAAGGUUUUUUUAGAUUUGAACGAAUGACUAAAGACUUAUAAUCUGUUACGAUAAUCUUGUGGGAAAGAUAUGUAGGAGUCCGUUUUUUUAAUAAAUAUUAUUAUGAUGUUAAUCAGGAUAAAGAAGUCAAAUUUAAGUAUAAGGUCUUUUAAUAACCUUUCAAAUUUAAUGAGUGUGCAACUGUUUAUAAAACUAAGUGAUUUGAAAGCAAUAAAUGCACUACUUAAUAAUGAAAACUUCAUAAGAUCCAACUUUUAUUUUAUUUUUUAAUAAUAUAUCUAAUUGAUUUAUAUCGAACCCUUCAGUGCAGCCCCUUCCCAUAGACACCACGCACUGAAAGUAACUAGUAUCUAAGUACGUAAACAAACAUCGAAUAUAGCCUGUCUAAGAUAGCCGCCUCUAUAAAAGAGUAAAAUAAUCCAAAAAUGUCUUAAAAAGGAGUCAUCGAAAUUUAAGACGCGUUUGGUAACAUACGCAACUAAUAAUUUCAUGACAUUUGCAACAUUAUUUUAACUAAUGAGCGAUAUUAUAAUUAAGUUGAAGGAAAUAAUUAUAUUAAAAAAGUAAUUAACUAUAUAUAUUUGUUACUUCAAAUAAAACAAUAAAUAAAGGGAAAAUACUUAUAAUAUUUUUAAUUUUAAAAAAGGAGGAAAAAUAAUAUUCCGUGAAAAUUUUACGCAGGAGAAAAAAAAAAAUGGCUCUUUGUAUUGUAAAAAAAACUUUUUAAAAUUAUGAAGACAAAACCUUUUAUUUUUUAUUUUACUUAUUUCUUUAAAUUAUGAAUGCAGAUUUAGUCAGACGUUAUCCGAAAUUAAAAGGUUAAUUCAUUUCUUUAUUAUUUUCUACCGCAAUUAGUGCAUCACUGCUUAUUUUCUUGCUAUAAAUCUACAGCAUAAACUAAUAGUGCCCUAUAAGUCUUUAACAUUCAGUUCCAUUUAACAGCAUGCAAAUGCAUUUAGUCGAUUUUCCCACAUCUUUUAGAUUCCAGACUGUUCUGGCAUGUGCUGCUUUUAAAGCAUAUUUUGAUUCCUGCAGUAUCUUCUAACACAACUUCUUCCUUUAUUUUCUUUAUUUAUUAUGACUAUUGUUGUCGUCAUUUUACGUAUGUGUCGGAUAUACCUAAAUUUAAUUAUUAUUUGGAUAAAAUCUCUGAGUCGACAGAUGCCUCGCAUCGACCUGUACGCCGGAAAAUACGGUAUUACAUACCUCGGUGAAGAAUUGUUUGGUUUUUACUUCAAAAACAAUCAAACUUGGAAUAGUAAGGGCAGUUGGUUUAUUGGACUGAAACCACACACUCGCUGUGCCCCGAUUAACAAUACCAGACUGUAUUUUUACAGUUUGAGUAUAUUUUUACAUCUGCGUUUACAAAUUCAAAGCAAAUUAAAAUUCCGAUACAUCAAACUGAUGCACGUAUUCUAUACAGAACGAAUUGCAUUAUAAUUUGAGAAACAAGGCAGAAUUUAAACGCGGUGAGAAGGAUAUAUUAUAUAUUCUUGCGUUCAAUUGUUUCGAAGCGAAGCCAUCAUUUCACGCCUAACCGACGAGUACAAAGCUAACGAUUUUCUGCGAAGUUCUGGUUCUUGCGAAUUCAUAUAUACCUGUGCUUUCAACUUACUAACUAUAUUCAGGAUGCAAUAUAUUUAGUGUACAUAUAUAGAAAUGAUUCUAGAUACCACAGCGCAAUGCUAAGUAGUUUGUAAUUAGCUUCUACGACAGAGGAAGGCUCUAGAAGACACGAGCUUAGCCUUUUAUUGUUAAUGCUUACCUGCAAAUAUUUUCAUCACUCCUGUUUCUGAUAUUGAUUAGUUUCACAUGAUGUUAUUGCAAAUGAAGAUUCUAAAGCUUGAAACAGGUUAUCAAACCAUGAAAAUGUUGAAAAUUAUAGCACAAAUUAUUGAAUAUUUUACUGAAUAAUUUUCAAAGCGCAAUACAGAGUGAACUACGGGAAUAUGUAAAGCUUAAAAUAGCACUAUGAACUAUGAAAUGAAACUCAAAUACUUACUUUACAAAAUAAUAGGAAAUGUGAUGUCAUUUAUUACAACAGGACCAUACUUCUUAUUAUUUGUAACAACACAUUUUUCAGCUGCUUUCCGCGAUUUCUACAGCACUUUAUAAGUACGUCAUGUACAUUUGGAUGCACUGUUUGGACCACGUAGAUUGGUAUAGUUGCAAUUGUUUCUUGCAGUAUGACCCUGAGUUCGUUGAUGUUCUUGGGUUUAUUAAUGUGUAAGGUGUAUUUUAAUUUUGUAACAGUUAUUUUUAAUUUUGAAAUCCUUUGCUUUCAAUUCUUGUUCCUCACUUACAACUCCCUACCAGAUUGAGUUUUUCUAAUGGCGUUGAAUGCAAAUGAGUUAGAAGAAAUAACUUACUUCGAAAGAGAAUGCUUAGGAGCCCUUAGUGGUGCGUGUUUGCCUUUUGGCUAUUGCGUUUUUGAAUCUAUUACGCUCGGCCGUAUUGUACGUGCAUGUUGAGAAUCCCCGGCUAGUUUAAUUUAAAGGCGAAUUAUUUUAAGUGUUUGUGUCAAGCUUCGGAUAAGUCUAUUUACUAGUUUAGUAUUACAUUAGUUUCCUAUUUUCUUAUCCUGAUUUAAAAGCCCAAGUAGAGGCUUUUCUGUAAGCACGACAAGGGGUCAUCUAUUAUUAUUUCUUUGAGUGAAUAAAUGGGUAUUUUAACCCUUCUCACGUCUCCGUAGUAGCUAUUGGAACUCAGCUGUAAUUCGCUACGUAGUUCACUAGGUUCCUCGACGUUAUAUCUAGACAAAGUAUCGGGGAACAUUACAAAUGCACAUUUAAGGCUCCAGACUACUCCACAGACAGGAAUCGCAUAUUGGCAAGUCAGAAAAACAUUGGACUUUACAAGACCGUAAAACACAAUCCUGGAUUUCUAUGGCAGCAUGUAUGUUCUCGUUUCUUGCUGGAACAUCUUAAUCUCUCAAACAUAUGAUGUAUUGCCAGUAUCUUCUAAUUAACAAACCGUUAAAUUCCACAAAGAACGUUUAAAAAAUGUAUUGUUAAAAAAAAGGGGGCUAAAAAAGGUAUGGAAGUUUUAUAAUAAAUAGUAUCAUCUCUUCAACUGUUUAAGCAUUUGAAUUACAUUUUGUUGUGUUAUUCAAGCUUUAAUUCUUCGGAUUCUGGUUGCUCCGUCCUGUGAAAAUACGGCCACGUCAUGAACUUACGAGAUGCUGCAGUUCUUUCAAAUUUGAGAAAGUGUUAAACUCGUGGAGUCUUGUCUAGAAAAUAUUGCAGUUGUUCGAGAAGCUUACACUACCAUCAAAUUAACAAAUUCUUUAGAACACAAUAACACGCCGAAUAAAUACUAAUUCAGAAAUCAAACAACAAAAAUCAGCGUAAUAUUUUCAAAAUUUUUACAGGACUAGUUUCGAUGGUUUUACCGAACACACCGUUUGUUUGACUUCUGAAUUAAAUUCUUUAGGGUUGUGAAAAAUUAGAGAACGAUUAGGAACUCCUUAAAAUCUCAGAGCUUAAGACUGGCCUUUCUGGAUAUAGAUAGUAAUAACAUUCAAAAGGCAAAGACAUAGCUAUAACGCGAUGGUUUUGAUGAUACUAAAAAGCGAUGCUUUACCCCGAAAAGUAGUCACGACAAUAAUUCAAAAAAACAACCGCGCCUUUUCGAAAAUUCCACUGCUUUGUGUCCAGAGCAGGUAGAUUUAUUUUUUGCCUAUUUUUAACGCAAUCAAUUUUUAGCUAGAUUUCUGGUGUAUCUACGAUUUCUUUUCAAAAUCAGAAAAACCACUAAAAGAAAAGCGUUUUCAGAUAAUAGACGAAAUUCUACUAAACUUCGGGCAGUCAUUUGCUAUCCAUUUACAUUACCAAAUACGCUUUGCGUAGUAUAAACGCUCUCUAGUAGUCAACUCUUUAGAAACACUGUAAUCGCAAGCAAGUAUAAUUACUUUAACAUACGGAAACACGAGAUGUGUUAUAGUGAGAAUGCGAAUGUACCAAGAUAAAUUUUAACAUGCACACUGUUGUGUUUGUAAUAUUGUCCAUUUAUUAAAAUAUAUGUUUUGUAAUUUAAUGAAUGAAUUUAUUACAUGCUUUGUAAUUUAUUCCGCGUCUAAGUUUUGAAGACUUUUACCAAAAAUUAAGAAUCAUAAGUACACAAACUGAAAAGUUUUAUACCAAUUUUUCCAUUUUUAAAAUUAUUAUUAUUAUUUAUUAUUAUAUCCCCAACAAAAUAACCUGUUACAAAGGCAUUUAGAAUCUUCAAAAGCUCCUUCCAAAGAAGAGCUACACUAUCAUUCUUGAUAUAUAAUACGUUUGUAUUAUAUAUCAAAAAAACGUUUUCAAACCAAAGGUUUUGGGUCCAUUCCUUCCCAAAGUUCUUUCUUGUUAAAACUGCAAGCGUAAUUUUAUGUUUACGUCGAACCUUGUAAAACAUGCUUGAGCAAACAGAGCUACCAACAGUUCUUGAUCACUUGCUCAAGAUUUUUAACGUAAUCGAAUGCCAAUUUUUAUUCUAAUAUAUAGAGCGAUAAGUUAGUAUCGAGCCAAUAUGACUAACAAAUGCAUUAAAAAUCUUAUACUUCGAAGUAAUACACAUAGAAAAAUACUGAAUCUGAAAUAGAUAUAUUCAUCAAAAGGAAAGAAAUGAAUAUUUAUUCACAGCCUGAUUAAAACAGUUUGAAGCUUUACACACAGGAUUCUUUAAAAGGCCCCUAACACACAAUUCCCUUGUUUUCUCUCAUAAAGCAAAAUUAGGAGAAACUAUAGGAUGAUUUGGGGGCCCUAGGCCUAAGUCUUGUCAGCUUAAGUAGUAAUCAGGCCCAGUGUAUAACAAUAUGUAAUUAUAAAUUGUGCAAGUCUUCUAUAAUAUAUGCUAAUAUUUUUACAUAAUUACUUAUAACUAAUAUUAAUAAGGCUCCCACCUUAUCUGAGAAAUAUAUAAUUUGUUGUUUUCCUGCUUUUUUCUGUCUCUGUAAGUUUGCAUCUGGUUUUAUAUUCUAAGUUUUGAAAUAAAUAUUUUGUUGAAAAUAAAUGCAAUACUUCAUAUUUCAGUGCUUACGUAUUGACUAAUGACAGAUGUUUCUAUUGGCGUUUUUAGUAACAAUUUGGCUGAUUUUUUUCAGUAAAAUCUGGCGCCUUUGGGGCAAGGGGGGAUGAUACAUCAAAUUAUACUUUGUUUUUCUGUUCUUCUUCCCCAUUUUCUCAAUGCAUCAUUCUUGAAGGGAACUGUAAUCAAUAUAUAGUCAAUUUCUAGUCAAACUCCGAUUAAUCCAACUGAAGAAAAUAGAGAACAAUCAAUAAAUAAAUUCAGAUAUUCAAAAGUCGAGUUAAGGAAAGCUUUCGAAAAACUGCGUUUAAAAAAAGAACUUAAUAUUCUUACGCAGUUAUCUACAUAAAAUUACUCAACAAAGUAAGGUAGAAAUUACUGUAUACAUCCAAGCAUAAUUUUUUUGAUAAGUAUGAAACAUUUACACAUAAAUAAAUUCAAAAAAUCGUAUUUUGAAAUGUAUAUUUGCCUCAAAAAUUUACUGAUCAUAGAUGACCGCAAGUUCGAGACAGAGAUUUACUGGCAGGUUGCUGCCAAUGGAAUCACAGGACUAGUGAAUACGUGAGUACUUUGUAUAUUGAAAUGUAUUCCAGAUAUUUUGCUUUGCGAUGUGUUCAUGAUUCAUGAGUAAAGUGACCAGAUUUUCUACAUUCUACUAUAGACUUCUUCAAUGAAUAUUUCAAAUCUAUAAGAGGGAGUAUUCCAGUACAAUACUUUGGCAAUGGAAUAAUGUCUUUAAAAUUUAUAUAUCAAGUUUGUAUGUUUUUCUGUUUCUUGAUUUCUCAGGGCAAAACAUACAAAGGCUAUGUUUUCACGGAGGAUGUUUUAAGAAAAAACGGCUCUUAUUAAUGUUAUACAUGAGAAAAUCCAGCAGGAAUAUAUAAUACUGCAUUUGUUAAUAUUAAACUAAAUAUUAACCAGGUAUUAUCAUGAGAAAAAUAGGCCUGAAGAAUAGUUUAAGGUUUUUAUUCCUAAAAAUAAAUAAAGUAAAUAAACACAGAACUAAAUUUUAUGACUUAAUUUAUUAACGCUUUACUCUGAUUACCAUUCUGAAUUCAUCGCGUACUUUACCCCUUUUUUUAACUAAUUUUAUCAUUCGAAAAUUGAGAAGGGAAAAUUAUGUGACUUAUUUAAUUUUGGAAGAACGCGGUUUCAGUAAGAACAUAACAAAUGAAGAGUAGUCAUAAAUAAACUACUGGUAACUAUCACAAUAUUAUUCUUUAAAAGAAACCUACAUUCCAGUAAGAAUACAUAGUAUUUACAUUACAAUAUCUGAUGAAUACUGAGCCGAUAUCUGACGGUGAUUGAGCCGGAUACGUUGUGCAACUCGUUGCAACGGAUCCGGCACAAUAACUUUGUAAAGCUCAGGGGCACUUCAUAUGAAUGAGUCUGCAGUUCCGAAGAGGAACAUCGGAGGAACGAAGAAGGGGGUAAACGAAAGACCCGGAUUUCGAAAGAUCGAAUAACGAGGAGUAGAUAAGGCUAAAAUUAUCUGGAAUGUAAAUAAUAGAAGUAAGAUGAAAUAACAUGCCUUUUAUUGCAGAAAGAUUUUAAAUAAAAUUUUGCAAAUUUUAUGAUGGCUGAGAAAUAAAAAUUGGAUUUAAAAAAAAUUCUAACUGUUAUCGGCUAAAAAAAUAAAGAAUAAGUCCUUUCUGUUGUAGCUUUAGUACAAAAUUUAAUUAUGAUUCGAAUAUGUCAUAGGCGAAGAUGUAUCCGUUCAUUACUCUUCAAGAUACUAUCAGUACCAAAUAUAUUAUUUUAAGGAAAUUAUAGUUAGGGUAAAUUAUUCAGCAUUUCUUCCUUUUAAUUCAGCGCAACUUUAAAAUUUCGUAUAAGACUCACUACAUAUAUGAAAUCACAUCGAAGUUCUAAAUCAAUAUUAUGCUGAAUUAUAUGUUACAUAAGGUCACUUUACUCAUGGUGUUCAGUACUGUAACAAUAUGGAUUCAAGUUCCUACUAUUUACCUUUGAAGGGCAAUUUUAGCGUAAUUUUUUUGUGUGUGCAAUGUGUUAUUCUUCCAUGGAAUAUUCACAUGAAUUUCCAACGCACUGAGAUAUUGACCAUCCCCAAUAUCAGCAAGAAUCGGAGCUGUCGUUAUUGGUAACUCUAACUAACAAUUCAUAUUGCAAAUGUUUGCUAUCAAAGAUCAUGUAAUCAUGAAAGGUGCUGUACAAAGAUUACAUUUAAAAGCAUGCUUGGUUCGACAAUAUGCUCACUUCUGUGCCCAGAAUGAUCCUGCUCCAUGUUGCUACUUAUUAAAAGAUAUAUAAAACUAAAUAUUGAAA